AUGGAUGUAGUGGAGUACUUUCAUUUGCUUGGAGCUCCGUGUGUGAAUGGGCGCAGUGCUUCACUUCCACGCAGUCUUCUUCGACUAUCAUGUGUUUUCUCUUGUAUUUAAAUAUUCCAACGAGGCGAACGUGACACAGCGGACGCGCGGGUUCGAAUGGGAGCGUGCUUUUUUGUUGUUGUAUUUAUUUAACGGAGGACAACCUCGACUAAUUGGAGGAUCUCCCUCAGGGGACGCGCUCCUGAAAUUGACACACAUUGGCAAUCACUUGCACUGCGGAAGCACUCCGGGUCUGAAGUGAAGUACAACUAAAGACAGUCCCCUUCCACUGACUCACAGUCAAACACACCUAUGAGAGAGAGUCACACAAAGAACACCUUCUUUUCACCCUGGACUUUUGGGUACUCGCACAAACGAGGACUCCUCCAUGCACAGAUAUAGACAGACACUCACAAAGAUGAUGAAGGAAUCCUGGAGGUGCUUGCUGGGCCUGUGCCUCCUGCUCUGCUCAUUUUCUACCCAAAGUGCCUCCAAUCCCUUCGCAGGGCAGCAGACACCUACAGACCCUUGCUACGAUGACACGGGCGCAGCUCGCCGCUGUAUCCCCGAGUUUAUCAAUGCUGCCUUUGGUAAAGAGGUGACGGUGUCCAGUGUUUGUGGGCAACCUCCAUCUCGUUCCUGCAGCGUGGUGGAGCGCGGCGACGAUCGGCCUUCUGUUCGCACGUGUCAAAUCUGUGAUGCAGCUGACCCUCGGCGUGCCCACCCGGUUUCCUACCUCACUGACCUCAACUCAGCCCACAACCUCACCUGUUGGCAGUCCGAAAAUCUGAACACCUCUCCGUACAAUGUGACUUUGACACUCUCCUUGGGUAAAAAGUUUGAGAUCACUUAUGUCAGCCUGCAGUUCUGUUCACCAAGACCCGAGUCCCUGGCCAUAUACAAGAGCAUGGACUAUGGCAAAACCUGGAUGCCGUACCAGUUUUACUCGUCACAGUGCCGGCGCAUGUACAACCGCCCCAACAAAGCAACAAUUACUAAACAGAAUGAGCAGGAGGCUCUGUGCACAGAUGGCCACACUGACCUCUACCCACUGUCUGGAGGGCUGAUCGCUUUCAGCACUCUGGAUGGACGGCCUUCUGGUAAAGACUACGACAACAGCCCGGUCCUUCAAGACUGGGUGACGGUCACCGAUAUUCGUGUCGUGUUCAACCGGCCUCAGCCACCGCGGGACGUAGGGGCCGGGAGCAACAGCGGAGGAAGAGACGACGACCCCAUGGCAGUUCCAUCGACGCUGCCGUCGUAUUUCUAUGCAGUGGGAGACUUCCAGGUUGGUGGGAGGUGUAAAUGCAAUGGACAUGCGUCCCGCUGUUUAAAAGAGAAGGAAGGAAGACUGGUGUGUGACUGCAAACACAACACAGAAGGACCUGAAUGUGACCGCUGCAAACCCUUUCACUACGACCGACCGUGGCAGAGGGCCAAUGCCCGCGAGGCCAAUGAGUGUUUGCCGUGCAACUGUAACCUUCAUGCCCGUCGCUGUCGGUUCAACAUGGAACUGUACAAGCUGUCGGGGAGGAAGAGCGGAGGUGUUUGUAUGAACUGCCGCCACAACACUGCAGGACGCCACUGCCACUACUGCAAGGAGGGCUUUUACAGGGACAUGGCCAGACCCAUCACUCACCGACGAGCCUGCAAGGCCUGUGACUGUCACCCUGUGGGCGCCGCUGGCAAGACAUGCAAUCAGACCACAGGCCAGUGCCCCUGCAAGGACGGUGUCACUGGCAUCACCUGCAACCGCUGUGCCAAGGGCUACCAGCAGAGCCGAUCACCCGUGGCCCCCUGCAUCAAAAUCCCAGUGGUCAACCCCACACAGGUGGUGAGCAGCACAGAAGAGCCAGCAGAUUGUGAAUCCUAUUGUAAACCAGUGAAGGGCAACCUGAAGAUCAACAUGAAGAAAUAUUGCAAAAAGGAUUAUGCGGUCCAGGUGAAUGUGCUUGACAUGGAGACAGUGGGAGACUGGGCCAAGUUCUCGGUGAGCGUGGCAUCUGUGUACAAGAGCCGCGGCGAGCCUUUGAAACGAGGCGACAACAUCCUGUGGGUGCACAUGAAGGACCUCGCCUGCAAAUGUCCCAAGAUCCAGAUGAGCAAGCGAUUCUUGGUGAUGGGUGGCAGCGACGGUGGAACAGCCAAGGCGACGGGUCCAGGUGUUGGUCCUGGGAGUGGGACCACCACUCCAGGGACAGAGCAUGUGGGCCUGGUGGCUGAUAAGAACAGCCUGGUCAUCCAAUGGAGGGAUGUGUGGACAAGACGUCUGAGGAAGUUUCAGCGCAAAGAGAAGAAGGGGAAGUGCAGCAAAGCAUGAUGGGAAAGCAGCGUCCAUCCCUACCUCUCCCCCAUCAACCACCUCCAUGAACCCUGAUCCACUAAUCCCACCACCUUCUCUAAAUCCCUUCUCCUCCCUGAUCAGUGGAACACUGCAACUUACAAAGACUGUUUGUGCCCUGUCCUUUUUAAGGACCUUAUUUUGUGUAUAGUGUAUAAUUAUUUUACUUUUUAUUUUGAAAGUUUUGUUUAUGCCACUUUUAUGUCUUUGUGUCCGUUGGUUUGCCUUGAAAAGGGACCAUUAAAAAGGGUAUGAAGUGGACACAGAAUCAGAUGCCAUGAUGACAGCAGCAGUCACCUCCUACAGUGACUUCCAGCCUAAUCCUCCAACAUUCACGUGUACAAUCACCACCGCUUUGAGUUCUCAUCCUUCACUGAGUGUUGUAUUCAUUGUCCCAUCAGAGCCUCAGCUGCUGAAACAAACUUGGACGAGUACGACAUGCUGCACGUCUGACAAUGAAUUAAACAAUGGGCCGACGUGCUCCAGGUCUCUGCUGUAUCUUCUACUGACUCUAACAACAAAAGACUCUCGUCCUAUGAGGAACCAUGGCGAUACUCGGUCUCCUCACCACUGCUGCUGCCACUCGACAGCCUCAUACAGCCUCAUACAUCAAGUAUUUGAUGCCAUCAUACAUAAUAAUCCUUUCUUUUAUCGCUCUAUAUACAGUAUACAGUUAGGUACGUACAUAUUUGGAUAAAGACACACAUUCUGUCACUUUUGCCUCUGUACAAAACCACAAUGGAUUUAGAAUGAAACAAUCAAGAUGUGAUUCAAGUACUUCGUCUAUAUUUAGUGGCUCAAAAAUUCAAACUCAAAUCAUGAUAAAUAAAAGACUUGUUUUAAUACUUGAUAUUCAAUACUUGAACAAAUGCUGAGUUUCCUCCCUGGAUAUGAUUUGCCAGGCUUUUACUGCAGCCUCCAGUUGUUGCCUGUUUGCAGGUCUUUGUGCCUUCACUUUAGUCUUCAGUCCCUGAAAAGGCUGCUUUAUUGAGUUGAGAUCAGGUGACUGACUUGGCCACUGAAGAACAUUCCAUCUCAUUACCUUCAAAAGCUCUCCUGUGGCUUUUGCAGUACGUUUUGCGUCGUUAUCCGUCUGUAAUUUGAAAUGCCGCCCUAUCAGUUUGACAGGAUUAUAAUCUCGUACACUUCAGACGUCAUCCUGCAUCCUUCUGUCAGCAGUCACAAGUGAGCCUGGUCCACUGGCAGCCAUACAUGCCCAUGCUGAUGACGUGGUAUGGUCUGGAUGAUGAGCUGUUCCUUUCCUUCUCCGCUCUUUUCUUUUAUCGUUCUGGUACAAGUUCAUCUUUGUUUCAUCUGACCACAGAAUCGCUUUCCAGAACUCUGCAGGCUUUUUUUCCUUUUCUUUUUCUUUUAGAUAUUUCCGAGCAAGUUCUAACGUAGCCUUACUGUUGUUGUGUGUUAUCAGUGGAAGGCCACAUUAUGGUCUUCUUCAAUCACACGACAACUCUUUGGAUCUCAUAUUAAAGCCACCAAACGCAUAUUGAAUACUUGACCUGACAAGGCACACCUGGCCAUGAAACUGCUUUUUAGUCCAGUCAAUUAUUUCCGAGCCCUUAAUAAAUGGACAAUAACGUGUAAAAAAAUAUACAUCUUUAUGUUCAAUCCCUCAAAUUAAAGUUGAGAGUCCACACUUGAAUCACAUCUUGACUGUUUCAUGUGUCUUUGUCUGUGCAGGUAUGUACCUACUUUGUUAUUUCAUCAACACAGAUAAACCUGGAUCUUUCAUUUUCCUCAGAACACAAACAGGAAGCUUGUGUGAGCCACAUUCCAGGCUCGUCUACAGUCAUGCAUCACCAUCGGGAUUCAUUGCUUGUCACUUUUUCUGGAAGAAAGAUGAAGUGGUGUGGACAAAUGGCUGGGCUUUCACAACAGUAUUUCCAGGGAGACUGUUUUGCUUCAUGGGAAAUGUCUUUGGCUGUGCAGUGUCCUUCCAGAUGUUGUCGUGUGACCACUGUCUUUUUUUAUAAACUGUCUUGAGCAAUUUUAAUGUGUCUCGUGACUGGCAGACUGUUGUUUGCCAAAGUGAGAGAUUGAAAACGAUUUACCUUUAAUGCAGUAAAAUGAAAACAAAGUAACAUAAACAACAUGGACAUGUUUUUAGUAUAUUUUGACAAAAUGAAUGAGUCUGGGACAUUUUCCGUGCUUACUGAUUGUAUAUUGACAAAAAAAGGAUCAUAUUUCAUUCCUCGUGUGCUUUGCUAUGUUUGCGUGCUUGUGGUUUUUGCUGGUCUAUCAAAACAUUGCAGUUAGUAGAGAAAGGACGAAACCCAACAUGAGCAUGAAAACCCAAAGAAAAGCA